GUAAAGAGGGCAGCUCAUCGCCUGAACGACCAGCUCUCCAACGUAGAGAGAAACAUUUCAGCCCUCAAGCAGAACACGGGCAGCGUCACGGAAGAAAUCGAAAAUAUUUGUGUUCGUUUGCAAAAAUCCCUUCGAGACAGAUGUGAUUUUCUCAAGACAGAGCUUGAAAACUACUACCAAGCGGAGCUCCGUAACCUGACCAUCCUGAAGGAGGGCCUCGACCAGGAAGUCUCCAACAUCGGCUCCAACAUCGAACUCGCCGAGAAACACAUGGACGACGACACGCCAUGGGACGACACGGAGCUCAUGGACGCCAAAGACAUUUUCCUCAAGACGAUGGAAUUCAUACGAAGCUUUGACUACGAGGCCGGAGACUACAGCAGAAGGGCGAGGUUCAACCCGCCGGACGACCUCAAUAAGUUGUCGACGCAGCUGAGCACCCUGGGGGACAUCACCUUCAGCACGCCCAACAAGAUGAACGACAGCUACUCCUCCGGGCCUUGCAUGGGCUCGGGGCUGAUGAAGAGCAAGAGCGACCACCGCCUCGCCGCGCAGUACCGAGACCAGGACGAUAGCUACGGCGGUUACACCACAGGCAGGACAUCGCCGCUUAUGCGCAGACGCUUCGGGGAGAGGAACGUCGAGAGGCACGACGAGGAUUCCUCGGCUGACUCUGGGCGGCGGCGGUUCCGGUCGCGGUUCAUGCGCAAAGAAGAAGACGAGGAGCGUUCGGUUCGCUUCUCCGAGGAGGACGGACCCAAGCGAAACCGCGUGAUCGACACCGAGGACGUCUCCCGCGGCCCCCUGUCGGGCAUCGUCAGGAUCACCGACUCGCCGCGGGUCAUGAAGCGCUUCCAGGAGCGCGACAUGAACAAGAACAAGAAGAAGGAAGAACCAGCCAAGCCAGCACAGAACACGGCGCCGAAGCCCCCCGUCACCCCCCUGCAGCGCAAGCCCGCCCGCCAGACCAGCAACGAGGACGAGAUCGACAAGAUCAAGAAGCAGAACAAGGCGGCCGAGUCCACCUCCGGGGGCGCGACCGCCGCCACCCCGGCCGGCGCCUCCACCCCCAGCACGCCCACCACGCCCAAGCCCGCGGGCGAGCGCGUGUCCUCCAUCCGCGAGGACGAGCGCCAGAGCCGCAGCGACCGCACCUCCACCUCCCCGAGGUCGUCGGCGAACCACUCGCCGUCGUCGUCCGUCACGCGCGAGGACGACCGCCGCCGCGACUACAGCGCCUCGGGGGCCAAUGGCUCCACGCCGUCGCGCAAGACGAGCGUCGACACGAGCGUGUCGCACCGCUCGUACCCCUUCAGCCGCUCGUCGUCCAACUCGUCCGUCGGAGACAAGGCCAGCGGCAACAGGAGCCCGCGGACGCUGGACGCUACCACGUACGAGCGCAAGCUGUCCCGCUCCAACAGCACCGACAGCAACUCGGGAGACGGAGCCGCGUCGCCGAAGAAGAACACGGGCGCCGCCUUCUCCACGGAGGAGCUGCGGAACCGCUUCAUGAGGACGGACUCGAAGCCGUCCACCUCGAAGUCCGACGCGUCGCGCUCGUCGAGUGCGGGCGGCGCGUCCCGCUUCUCAUCGCGUUUUUUAGGCCGAGCCGGUACUCCCUCAGUGGAGGCCUCGAAGGAAUCAGGGAAUGAGGACGACGACGACGACGAGGAGGAGAGCAGCGAUGAUUCCGAGUCCGAGGAGAGCGAAGAGUCGUCAGAGGAGGAGGAGGAGGAGGAGGCAACAUCCGAGUACUCUCGCCCGGACGUUGGGCCAUUGCUGGGGCGCAGUGCCCAGGCUCGCGACGUAGCCAGUAGUUCUAGUUCUAGGAAUAACUGGGGCGACAGGAGCUCCUACACCUCGGUCCCUCCCAGCGGAGGCGACUCGGGGUACUCAAGCAGCAGCAGGUACGGCAGCAGCAGCGACAACAGCAACGGCAGUACCUCCUCCAGCAGGUAUGGUGCUUCGGCUUCCAGCAGCAGCACCGACUCUGGCCUGGGGAGUCACAGACGCCCCUCGUACAUGGAGACCAAAGCCCCGUCCAAGGAGAAGGACGACGACUUCGACUCCAAGUACCCCUUCGCCAGCAAGAUCCUGAGCCGCUCUCGGGCCAGCGUGCCCGACGAGGAGUCCAAGCACCCCUUCCAGAGCCGCUUCCUGAACCGCUCCAAGAGCUCGGCCGUCCUGGGCCCCGACGACGAGGACUCGACCUCCUCGCCCUCUCACGGCAGCAGCAGGGCGCGCUUCGAGGAGCUGAAGGAGCGCAGACAGCGGCUGGCGCGAAGCAAGAGCUCGGCGGGGCUUGAGGACGACGAGACGUCGUCAGCCGACACGUCCUCCGCCUCCGCCUACCGCCCGCGCUACGGCCGCACCGAACCCGAGACGUCGACGACAUCACGCACAUCUGCCUCGACCUCGGGGGCGUCCGGCGGCGGCGAGGAAGGAGGGUCCUCCUCGACGCAGCUCUCCAACUGGGCCCGGUACCUGAAGAACAAGUACGGCAACCGGUCCGGCAGCGGCGAGAGCAGCACCCCCUCCGGGAGAAACACAAGCAUAGGCCUAGGCAGCAGCAGUAGCGGCCUCGGCAGCAGCACCAGUUCCACCGGUGCCGGGAGUUCACUUGGUAGCUCACGCACGGGCACGGGGUCCGCGCUGGGUGGCAGAGCCAUCUCGCGGUCCCGUUCCUCACACCUUCUUGGCCUCGCCAAAGAGGGAGAAUCUUCUGAAGACGAUUCAAAAAACGUGCACGCUACCCCUACUUCCCAACAAGCAGGUAUACUGGUUCCUACACAGUUCGGAAGUUUACAUAGGAGCCAGUACCUGCAGAAGCAGCGCCUCUUACUUAAGAUCGGGAGUAGGGGUAGUGAACCAGGAAAUUUUACAUGGCCAAGAGGCAUAGCUGUUGGACCUGACAACAGCAUAGUGGUUGCCGACUCGAGCAACCACCGCGUGCAGGUGUUUGACCAGCACGGCAAGUUUGUUAAAGAGUUUGGCUCCUACGGGAGCGCCGAAGGAGAGUUCGACUGCCUGGCAGGUGUGGCAGUCAACAGGAUCGGCCAAUUCAUUAUUGCCGAUCGCUACAACCACAGAAUUCAAAUCUUCGAUCCGUCCGGCAUGUUCCUGCGCGCCUUCGGAAGCCAAGGCAGCGGCGACGGGCGGUUCUCUUACCCUUGGGGCGUGACCACCGACGCCCUCGGCUUCAUCUACGUGUGUGACAAGGAGAACCACCGCGUGCAGGUGUUCCAGUCCGACGGGUCCUUCGUCGGCAAGUUCGGUUCCAUGGGCAACAAACCCGCCCAGCUGGAGCACCCGCACUACAUCGCCGUGUCCUCCACCAACCGCGUCAUCGUGUCCGACUCCAACAACCACAGGAUACAGGUGUUCGACAUCAACGGCAAGGUCACCAACACCUUCGGAACAGAAGGCAGCGCCGAAGGACAGUUCAAGUUCCCAAGGGGCGUGGCCGUGGACGACCAGGGCUACAUCUUCGUGGCGGACAGCGGCAACAACCGCAUCCAGAUCUUCCACCCCGACGGCGCCUUCCUCAGGGCCUUCGGCUGCUGGGGAUCUGGCGAGGGAGAGUUCAAGGGCCUGGAGGGUGUGGCAGUCAUGUCCAACGGCAACAUCCUCGUCUGCGACCGAGAGAACCACCGUGUGCAGGUCUUUUGAAAAGGUCACAAUACAAUUUUGGAGGCAGGGAGCGUCGCGCCACGCCAGCCAAUGGGAACCAACCUCCCCACCGCCAGCCAAUCGGAAAAAAAAGGCCCACCCAUCUUCGCCAUCUCCAGCCAAUAGGAAAAAAGCUUUACCACCGCCAGCCAAUGGGAGAAGAGGAACAGCGACGAAUGCCUGGAAUGUGGACAAGCCUUUCUUCUGUCAACCAACCACGAGAAGAAAUGGAAAACUUGUUCAUGACGUGUUGAAUAUAUUUAUAACCAAAUUCAUAAACACGCCAUUAAAUCUAUUCAAUGUAGUCUUUCAAAUUAGAAAGAAAAAAAAAAUAAUAAAUUAGCUUGUCACUUUGUUCUGUAGAAACGCACACGUAAUAACGAUGAUGAUAAAAAAAACAUCCAUAAUAAUAAUAAUAAUAAUAACAAUACCAAUAAUCCUAAUGAUAAACAAACUUGCCAUCUGGUCAAAUUCCCGCUCGAAUGAAUCAGGUUGAGCGGAUUUUCGCUUCAAAUCCGCCAGAACCUCCCACAGGAGAGCAAAUUUAGCAGCCAAGUCGAACGCAUCGAGAACCACUUUCAGGGUGCGCAGCGGUAACGAGCGUGGGGCCAGGGUCGGGAUCUGCCUCACAGCUUGGGAACGAUCGUAGCAUCUCAUUCCAAAUGCCAUUAUAUAUUAUACGUAUAUGAUAAUGCCCCAUUUACGAUUGAAGGUGAGCCAGGUAGUUCCAGCUCUGCGCCAGUAACUCCCACUCGGUCCCAUGUUGUUUACCUGCUAUAUAUUGUGAUCGCUAGGUUACAGUGCGUCUGUGUGUAGUGUUGUGUACAUUAGAAUUUACUAUAAUCUGUUUGUACAUUUGCAUAAGUGCAGUUUUUAUGAAUAUAUGGAGUCAACAACGCUGAAAGAUUUUUGUUUUUGUUUCUUUUUUUUUGGCAAACUUGAUGAAGAAAGAUUUUGUAGAUCAGAGAGGUGCCAAAAUUUGAAUGUGUGGAAACUUUACUCCUCUGUUUUUUGUGUUAUUUUUUUUUCUCUUUUUCUUUCUCAUCGAAGGCCAACAAGCCAACAAACUAUUGAUUUUAUUUAUAUAUUCGUUAAACAUUUGUUUUUUUAAGUCAUACAUGUAUUUGAGUCACUCGUGAUCUAACUUUUUUUUUGAAAGAACAUUGAGUGAAUACUUGUAUAUUUUUGCUUCUUUUUUAUUUUCAGACUUGUAAUUGUGACAUAAUUUUCUGCUGUAAUUACUGGCAUUCAUCACAGUAUCUUGGACUUAGUUAAUUAACCUCUUUAUCAUUCAUAGAUGCAUGCAGUCGUUUGAUUUCUUAGAAUACUGUUGAUAAUGAUGAUACUGUAAUUAACUCAUUGUAUCUCACUAAGUUGCUUUAAUCUCAGCUAUUUGAAAUGCUUCAAUAAUGUCUGUAUGAUAGAAAAUAAUAUUUAAAAAAAACUUUGGAAGUCAAAAUGUACAUGUACACUAUGAACACUUUAGUAUAAUGUAAUCACUAUUUAUACAAAGAUAUCAUAAUGUAAUAUUUAAUGUUGAAUACAUAUCGUGGUUUGUAGAUCUAAUAAACAUUUUUUUCUCUUUUCA